UACUUGCUUGGUCCAAUGCUAUAAGGAGUUAAGUGUAGCCGCAAGUUAAAAAAUAUCAAUAAAAUGUGGCAGUCAAGUGAACACAAUAACAUAUCAAAGUUGUACGAGUUAAAGAAAACGUUAGGCAGAGGCCACUUCGCCGUUGUCAAACUUGCCCAUCAUCUUUUCUCCGGUGAGAAAGUUGCCGUAAAAGUAAUCGAUAAAACUAAAAUGGACAAGGUUUCGGCUGACCACCUGUACCACGAAGUUGCAUGCAUGAAACUUGUACAACAUCCAAAUGUGGUUCGUUUGUAUCAAGUGAUUGAGACAAGCAGCAAGUUAUAUCUUAUACUUGAACUUGGUGAUGGAGGUGAUAUGUUCGAUUACAUAAUGCGACAUGAACGUGGGUUACAUGAAGAUCAAGCAAAAGAAUAUUUUGCUCAGAUUGUCAGUGCCAUUGCUUACUGCCAUAAGUUGCAUGUUGUACACAGAGACUUAAAGCCAGAAAAUGUUGUAUUUUUUGAAAGUCAAGGUUUAGUAAAGCUUACUGACUUUGGUUUUAGUAAUCAAUAUCAACCUGGUGAAAAACUAUCCACAUCGUGUGGUUCGCUUGCUUAUUCUGCUCCAGAAAUAUUACUUGGUGAAGAAUAUGAUGCGCCUGCAGUUGAUGUUUGGAGUUUGGGUGUCAUAUUGUACAUGUUGGUUUGUGGAAUUGCUCCUUUUAAUGAAGCAAAUGACAGUGAGACAUUAACCAAUAUCAUGGAUUGCCGAUACACAGUUCUUGAACAUGUAAGCCCACAAUGUCAAGACCUCAUAAAAAAAAUGAUAAUAAGAGAUCCUGUGAAACGAAUUCAUUUAAAUGAAAUUAUUUGCCAUCCAUGGUUGCAAGGAGCUAAGUCAUUACGAAGAGCUCGUAGAAACUCAACACCAAUUCUUGAAAGAAAUCUCAUACCAGACCACCUACACAAAGAGAUUCUGCAAAAAAUGAUUUCUGGUCAAUUAGCCGAUGAACAUGAAAUAUUAAAGUCACUUGAAGAAGAUCGUUACGACCAUAUUACUUCAACUUACUUUUUACUCGCUGAACAAAAUUUAAUGCAGCAAGAAGAAAGUAAAAGUAACUCAAAGAAAAAUCAAACACUUCUUGAUGUUGACAUUUCUACUAUUACUGCUACAACCAACAUUCCAAUACAAACAUAUAAUCCUGAUCUGUCAAAUACAACUUCCAAAUUGUCAGUUUCACCACCACAAAAGCAGAGCACAUUGUUAUCCUACUCCAUGCCCAGUGAUGUUGCAAGGUCCAGGACGGCAAGUUCAAGCUCUGAAGACUCGGUUAACUUGUCUUCUCGUGCCGCUGAACGCCGAUCUUCACCUUCUUAUAUAAGAGAGCAUUUAACAAUAACUCCGCGACAUGGCUUCAGUGUUGUACGUGGAGGUAUUGAUACUCUUAUUGAAGAAGAAGAACGUAGUCGCUCACAAACUACAACAGAUGACGAAGCAGAUAAUGCUGAAGAUAUAACAAACAUGGUCAAUCCGAAUGUCCUUGCUUCUCAUUUGCAGCGGGCAUCUUUGCAGUUAAAAAGAAUAAAGAAAAGAAAGAGUGCACCCGUGCUUAAUGAAAUAUGUGAAGAAAAUGAGAGUGAAACUGAUGUGACGAUGUCUUCGGGUGAUGCUGGUACAGACACCUCACGACAGUUCAUGUCAGUUUUUCCAUCAAAGUGUUCACUGCCUAAAGAUUCAGGUUCACAACCUAUCGGGAUGAUACCAAAUGUUACAUCCACUGCGUAUAACGUACGCACAGGUCGUCCUCAACGAAGGCAAAGAUCACGCAAGUCAAGUAACUCUGAUACAAGUGAAGAAGAAAGUGAAAGCAGCCACACAAGCCAAACUAACCUGAGUUCAGUUGUAUCAAACAUGAUGUUACGUUAUCAUCGUGAUUCUAGUGAAGAUCGUGAUGGUUGUGGUGGUCAGGGUGGAAGUUUUGGACCAGGUGCUGCACAUGGUAGUGCAUGUGUUACUGAUUGUACAAUAGAAAGUACUAGCAAUACUCAAAAUACAGAAGAUUGCAAUGCUGGAAAUAAUCAAGGAAAUCAAAACCGAUUAAACAACACCUUGCUGUUAAAUAGUUUAUCAAAAAAGCGCCUCUUGCUACAGGGUUCAGAUCAGAAAAUUAUAAAUGUUUUUGGGGUAAGAAGUAGAAGUGCUGAAUCCCACACAACGGCAUCUGUGCAUCUUAUAAGUAGAAAUAGCAGCGCACGGAGCAGUUGUAGUAGUCUUAGCUCCAGUAGCCAAAUGUGGUCAUCUGGAAAGGAAUAUGUUGGCUGGGUGACUAAAAAUACCAGUUCAACUAGAUCUGAUACUGGAUUGGUAUUACGCUGUCAUACAAAGAAUUAUGGUGCUUGUAAAUGUAAAAAGAAUGAAUCCAUCGCAAGAUCAUGUUCUUCGUUUCCUUCUCUGUACACCUCACCACAGCAUUGCAGAUUUUGCUACACUUUAAGUGGCAAAGAAGCUGUGGAUGCAUUUGGUAAUGCAUUAAUAAGAAAACCACUAACCAGUUCAAUAUUGAUCAGUACAAGAUCAAGAAUAAAGCAUGGUAUAAAAUAUACUGAUGAAAAUUGCAGCGAUAACUAUGAGGUAAUGAAUCCUGCAGUUGUUGCACACGAGGCUGUAUCAGUAAAGCAAAGCAAUCUAAGCAUUGCAUCAUCAACCUGUAGUGGAAGUAAAUUUGUUGUUGACCCUGUGAAUGAACUACCUCCACCACCUUACCUCACUACUUUGCCAAAGCCAGCAAUCAACAAAUCGUUAACCAAUGAUUGGAUUCAUGUUCCAUGCAAGGAGUAUCUAGAUAAUAAGUGCUUUGAUUGUAUCCCAACGAUUCCCAAUGAUCAGCUUAAAGAAAACUCACUGAAGUGCACUCCAAAGGUGAAGAGAAAUGGAAUCAUAGCCCGUCUCAACAGUUACAAAACUUCAAGAGGUGUAUGUGCAACACCUCUGGCGUACAGAGCUGAAAAUUCAGUUAUAAAGAAAAUGAAAGCUCAAGACUGCUGCACUCUCAUGUGAUGAUAAUUAUUAUACUGCAUAUCUGUGUAGAUUUGUUUUUCUCAGGUUCGCGUUCAUGAAUAUCAAAUUAGACAACAUUAUUUAACAUAACCAAGUAUAAUAACUUUAAUAUUAUAUAUACUUGUAAAAAAAUCACCGUAAUUGUGUAAUGUGUCAUAAAUAUGUGGUUAGCAUGUUUAAAGUGUUGUAACUUCUAUAUUUAAGUCUGUAUUUACUUUGUUCUGUGUACAUUAUUACAUUAUUCCGUGUAAAAUAUUGGUUCCACUUUUAGUUCCUGUGUUAUACUUGAAUAACUGAAAAAGGCAUCAAACUUUUAGGUUUCUUUCAACUACUUGCUAUGUAUACGUAACUUUAAUAGUUGUACUCAUGUUUCAGAUUGUUUAAAUAUAUAUAUUUCAUUUUCAUGUUUACG